AUGUCCGGAGACGGGGAGGAAGAGUUGUGUCGAAACGCGCUGGCGUUGGUCAGUGAACUGUGCCUGAGCGUCCGGGAGAACCGCAUCAAGGAGAAAUGCAUUGAGUUCUCUUACCUCAUGCGGGAUCGAGACCGCACGCGCCACAUCGAGACAGAUAUAUCGGUUAGCCUGCUCUCAGUGAUCGUAACAUUCUGUGGCAUAGUCCUCCUGGGCGUCUCGCUCUUCGUCUCGUGGAAACUCUGCUGGAUCCCAUGGCGGGACAAAGGCUUGAACCCCCAGCGCAAGGACUCCCACUACCUGCACCACCACUCGCACUUCACCGACCUCGCCGUCGAGCGGGUGGAGUGCGGGCCUGAGAUGCCAGAGCGCUCUUACCUCGACCUGGAGUCCUACCCUGAGUCCAGCAUCAAACUGAGCCAAACGUCGCCCGACAUCCCGGUUGACACCAACUCCGGGAGUAAGGAGAACAGCAUCCCAAAUGCGCACUCUCACCAGCAGGUCUCCGCCCUGCCACCCGCAACAAGGCCAAUUCCACAGCAGUUGUCCAGUCCGGACUUUGGGAGCCAGACUGAUGAAAAGGUGGAGCAGGUCACCAGCAUUGGCCAGAUCAAACCAGAACUCUACAAGCAGAGGUCCAUCGACGCGGAGGCAAAGAAGCACCAGAAAGUGAACUGUGGGAGGAUAAACUUCCUGCUGAGGUACACAUACGCCACAGAGCAGCUGGUGGUCAAAAUCCUGAAGGCCCUUGACCUGCCGGCCAAAGACGCCAAUGGAUUCUCCGACCCUUACGUGAAGAUUUAUCUGCUCCCCGAUCGCAAGAAGAAGUUCCAGACCAAGGUUCACCGCAAGACGCUGAACCCGGUGUUCAAUGAGACCUUUCAGUUCAACGUGCCCUUUAACGAGCUUCAGAAUCGCAAGCUCCACUUCAGCAUCUAUGACUUUGAUCGUUUCUCCCGCCACGACCUCAUUGGACAGGUGGUGCUGGACAACCUGCUGGAGUUCUCUGACCUUUCCGAGAGCACGCCCAUGUGGCGCGACAUCUUGGAAGCGACGUCGGAGAAGGCUGAUCUGGGUGAGAUAAACUUCUCGUUGUGCUAUCUCCCGACGGCAGGGAGACUCACCAUUACCAUUAUUAAAGCCACCAACUUAAAGGCAAUGGAUUUAACUGGAUUCUCAGAUCCCUAUGUGAAGGCAUCGCUGAUCUGCGAAGGGAGGCGCCUGAAGAAGCGGAAGACCUCGAUAAAGAAGAACACGCUCAACCCGGUGUAUAACGAGGCCCUGGUGUUUGACAUUCCCAACGAGAACAUGGAUCAUGUGAAUGUCAUCAUUGCCGUCAUGGACUACGACUGUAUCGGUCACAAUGAGGUUAUCGGGAUGUGUUGUGUGGGCAAUGAUGCUGAUGGACCAGGUCGAGAGCACUGGAACGAAAUGUUGGCCAACCCACGCAAGCCCAUUGAACAAUGGCACCAGCUGAUUGAGGAAAAAUUGAUGAAUAGUUACAUGACAAAGAGUUACACCACCAGUACUGGUGCCACCAAAGCAGUUAGCAUUGUGGUGGAGAGUCCUCAUUCAGACUGA